GAAAGUGUGUGUGCGUGUCUCUGUGUGUGUGUGUGUGAGAGAGAGAGAGAGAGAUAAUGGAGGUAGAGAGGGUGCAACCUGUGGCUUCCCAGUCCAUUCCAGAGAGUAGGAAAGAAACAACGGGGGGAGGGAGGGUGCAACCUGUGGCUUCCCUGUCCACUCCAGAGAGUAAGAGAGAAACAAUAGGGGUAGAGAGAGUGCAAGCCAUAGCUUCUCUCUCUAUCCCUGCUGAGAGUAUCCCUGUUGAGUUCAUAAGACCAGAGACAGAGCAACCAGGAAUUACAACCUAUCAUGGACCAGUCCCUGAAAUCCCAACCAUUGAUUUAAGUGACCCAGAUCAGAAGAAGUUGGUUCGUUUGAUAUCUGAUGCUAGUAGAGAGUGGGGGUUCUUCGAAAUUGUGAACCAUGGGAUACCCAGUGAAGUCUUUGAGAAGUUGCAGAAGGUAGGGAAAGAGUUUUUUGAGUUACCACAGGAAAAGAAGGAAGCUGUGGCUAGGAAACCUGAGUCCUCCAGUAGUGAAGGGUAUGGGACCAACCUUACAAAAGGUGAUGAGAAGAAGAGCUGGGUGGAUUUCUUGUUCCAUAACAUCUGGCCUGCUUCAUCUAUCAACUAUCAGUUUUGGCCAAAGAACCCACCUGCUUACAGAGAAGCCAACGAAGACUACGCUCAGCACUUGAAAGGUGUAGUGGAUAAGCUGUUGACAAUCCUUUCUGAAGGGAUAGGACUUGAAGGGAACGUACUAAAAGACGCCGUGGGUGGAGAAGAAUUGGAGUAUCUUCUGAAGAUCAACUGCUACCCACCUUGCGCUCGCCCUGAUCUGAUACUUGGUGUGCCGGCACAUACCGAUAUGUCGGCCUUAACAGUUCUAGUUCCCAACGAUGUCCCAGGACUCCAAGUCUUCAAAGAUGACCGAUGGUUUGAUGCAAAGUAUAUCCCCAACGCUCUCGUCAUCCACAUUGGUGACCAGCUUGAGAUCUUAAGCAAUGGCAAAUACAAGAGUGUCUUGCAUAGGACCACAGUGAACAAAGAGAUGACAAGGAUGUCAUGGCCAGUGUUUUGCUCGCCACCUGCAGAGAUGGUUAUAGGUCCUCUUCCACAACUUGUUAAUGAAGAUAACCCUGCAAAGUACAAGACUAAGAAAUACAAGGACUAUCAAUACUGCAAGCUCAACAAACUUCCACAGUAGAACUACUAAAUAAAGGAUUGAAAACAAGUGUGGUUAAAUAAAGUAGUAGUCCCUUCUUUCCCUUUUCUUUGGGUUUGGUUAUUUGUAAUGUUGUCCUUGUCUUAUAUGGUUUUGUUAGCUUAUUGGUCAUGGUCAUGAAAAGAACUUAUAAAUGAAAGGGGCCAAAUAAAAUUUUUUUGAUAGUUAA